AUGCUAUUAUCACCUGAGCAGUUCUCGAGGCUCAGCGAAUAUGCAGCAUGUAAGUUCCUGGAAAAGCCGAAAAACCUCACACAAACGCAAAUCCAAUUUGCAGACUCACGGCGGAAGUUGAAAGAUAUGUUGAGCGAUUUUCAGCAGGAUGGAAAGUUCUACUCGUAUCUUUCGGUUGAUGGACAGACAAUCAACAUUGAUGGAUUCCGUGCCUUCCUCAUUGACUAUUUCGGUGCGGAUCUUCCUAGUGAUCUUGUAGAUCAAUUAUUUCUCUCAUUCUCCAAACCACCAAUAAAAGAACGAAGAACUAGUCUUUUCGAGGAUGCCAUCUCCACAGUUAGAGCCAAAUUCACAGAAUCGAUAACUGGUCGAAUGGGCGGCCUGAAUAUUGCAGGAGGAUCUGGACAGCAAACCGACAGGAGUCAAGGAAGUGAACCACAAGCGCUGGUUUGUAUUCCGGAAGAUGAUGUGAUGGGCCCACGAGCUCCCAGUACGGAUCCACAAGAGCCGAGAAUCCCAUUGAAGCCAUUAAUCUGUACGCUAUCACUUUUGGAAGCCGACACCCCGGAGAACAAAUUGGAUGUGGUCUUCCAUGUUUACGAUUCGGAUGGAAAUGGGUUCCUUGACAAAUCGGAAAUCGACGGAAUCAUUGAACAAAUGAUGAAUGUGGCAAGGUAUCAACAAUGGGACACUAUUGAAUUGGAGCAGAUUAUUCGCCAAAUGAUGGUUGAUAUUGAUUAUGAUAACGAUGGAAUCGUGUCGUUUGACGAAUGGAGACGAGGAGGACUCACCAAUAUUCCACUUUUAGUUUUACUUGGUUUUGAUACGGAAAUGAAAGAAGACGGAUCUCAUGUCUGGCGUCUCCGCCAUUUCACUAAACCAACCUAUUGCAAUGCUUGCUGUAGUAUUUUGGUUGGAUGGGGUGGAAAACAAGGACUCAGUUGUUCAUGUAAGAUUUUCUUACUUGGUUUUUCAAAACUUCAUUCUCUAUUACAGUAUGCAAAUACACGGUCCAUGAAAGAUGUGUUCGUUCGGCAGCAACCAAUUGCAUUCGAACUUAUUCCAGUAGACAGCAGGCUGUAUCAUCACUGGCAGGAUGCAAACGCUGCGGCAAAGUGUGUGAAAUGCAAAGCAACUGUUGGAGUUUUCCAAGGGAAAGGGUGUCGUUGGUGUCAUAAUUAUGUCCACCAUCGAUGUAUGUCAGCUCUAGCUCAAGAAUGUGAUCUUGGAGCUCUGGUCCACCAUAUUCUACCACCAACUCAUAUUUUCCCUGCGUUCCUCGAAAGAAAAACGUCGACUUCUCUCAAAAAUCACAAUUUUGGAUCUCAUAGUGCCAGUCUUCUUCAAGCGAUCUCUCCAAGCAACGAUUGUAGACCUCUUCUUGUCCUUGUGAAUCCGAAAUCCGGUGGUAAACAGGGUGUGAAAAUUCUUCAAAAGUUCGAGUAUCUUCUCAAUCCCCGUCAGGUUUAUGAUUUGAGUAAAACUGGUCCCGAGCCGGGACUUCAACUAUUUUCAACACUCAAAAACUGUAAUAUUCUGGUUUGUGGAGGUGAUGGAACAAUUGGAUGGGUACUCGAAUCGAUGGAUAAGAUGACAUUUCCACAUGGACGUCCACCGGUUGCAGUACUGCCAUUGGGAACUGGAAAUGAUUUGGCAAGAUGUUUGAGAUGGGGAGGAGGUUAUGAAAAUGAGAAUUUGCAUAAGAUUCUGGAGCAAAUUGAAAAGUCAAGUCUCAUUGAUAUGGAUCGAUGGCAGAUUAAAAUCGAGAUUACGGAAAAUAAAAGUGCUCGAAGAGCUAGUGAGAAAGGAGAUUCGCCGCCUUAUAGUAUUAUCAAUAACUAUUUUUCCAUUGGAGUGGACGCCUCGAUUGCUCACAGAUUCCAUGUGAUGCGUGAGAAAUUUCCCGAGAAGUUCAACAGUCGAAUGCGUAAUAAGCUGUGGUAUUUUGAGUUGGGAACCAGUGAAACUCUCUCGAGUUCCUGCAAAAACCUUCAUGAGCAGAUUGAUAUUUUGUGCGACGGGGAGUCUAUCGAUCUUGGACAAGACGCAUCUCUCGAAGGUAUCGCUCUUCUAAACAUUCCAUCAAUUUACGGUGGAUCGAAUUUAUGGGGAAGAAGUAGGAAAUCCAAAGGACGAAUGCCAGGACUAUUCCCGAUGAAAAAUGCGGAGAAAAUGCAACUGCAGACUAGGGUUCAGGAUAUUGGAGAUGGACUGAUUGAGUUAGUCGGACUGGAAUCAGCGAUGCAAAUGGGACAGAUCAAAGCGGGUGUUCGUGGAGCAAGGCGUCUUUCUCAAUGCUCCACAGUUGUUAUUCAAACUCACAAAUCAUUUCCAAUGCAAAUCGACGGGGAACCCUGGAUGCAACCACCAUGCAUCAUCCAAAUCACACACAAAAAUCAGGCAAAAAUGCUAGUUGGUGAGUUCCCUCUAAUUAGUCUAAUUAUACUAACUUUUGACUAA